AUGAUGGGUGAAAGUUCAGCACGGAGUCACUGGGGUCGUAGGACGGUGAGUCGAGGUUUACUUCGCACAAUUCAACAGACAAAAGUCCAAGGCUCGUCAGAUAUCACUAGUCCUACGUGCGACAGCUAUGGCUCAACUAUCACCUCAAACUCAUGCUUCUCUGCUGCGGCUAUUUUGUCUCAUUCGCGACCUCAUACUACCAUUGGUACACCUGGAUGCAGCGUUCUGAAGCCUUUCUCCACCUAUGCUUUACCUAUGGCUCGCUCACCAAGGGGUCUAGACCGGGCCGGUCAUAUUUGCCGUCUGUGUGGAAAGUCGUUUGGACAUAAGAGCACUCUAGACCGACAUACCAAAGAGCGCCACGGCGGUGCUCCUUCAAAGGCAUGUCCAUUCUGCCCUUUGGCAUUUUAUCGACAACAUCAUCUGGAUUCACAUUUGGCCCGCCGACAUCGUGAUUUAGAAGUACCUAUGACCCCUGGUACUCCAGUACCUGAUGGUCGUCGCAGAGGCGCUUCGAGGGCAAGUGGAGCGCUGGAAAGUGAAUCUUUACGCUCUAUGACCCCUCCUCGAUCUGUCGAAGCUGCAAUUGUAUCUCUCUCAGAUUCUCAGGAGUUGGUGUGCCCUCCAAGUUCUGGUGAGACCGACUCUCGUCUACUUGAUACAGAGUUUAUUCAAACUGGCGUAGACCAAUCCCCGGCUGGUUGGCGCUCUUUUUUGCGGCGACCUGCAAAUUCGGUUACCUUUGAGGCUGUCACGACAAAACCAGGCCUUGGAAUUAGCCGUGGUCCGAGCGAAUCGAGGCGGAUUAGCUUCGAUUCCAGAUCCUAG